CUGCAUUGGUUAGAUUGAUUUCGCAAGAUGUUGGGCGGGAUCAUCGGCGGGCUGACCGGCAACAAGAACGCCCGGCUCAAGGGCUCCGUGGUGCUGAUGCGCAAGAACGUCCUCGACAUCAACGACUUCGGCGCCACCGUCAUCGACGGCAUCACCGAGUUCCUCGGCCGCGGCGUCACCUGCCAGCUCGUCAGCUCCACCCUCGUCGACUCCAAUAAUGGAAACAGGGGCAGGGUGGGGGCGGAGGCGAGCCUGGAGCAGUGGCUGACGAGCCUGCCGUCGCUGACGUCGGGGGAGUCCAAGUUCGGGGUGACGUUCGACUGGGAGGUGGAGAAGCUGGGCGUGCCGGGCGCCGUCGUCGUCAAGAACAACCACGCCGGCGAGUUCUUCCUCAAGACCAUCACCCUCGACAACGUCCCCGGCCGCGGCACCGUCGUCUUCGUCGCCAACUCCUGGGUCUACCCCGCCUCCAAGUAUCGCUACAGCCGCGUCUUCUUCUCCAACGACACCUACCUGCCGAGCCAGAUGCCGGCGGCGCUGAAGCCGUACCGCGACGACGAGCUCCGCAACCUGCGCGGCGACGACCAGCAGGGCCCGUACCAGGAGCACGACCGCGUCUACCGCUACGACGUCUAUAACGACCUCGGCGAGCCCGACUCCGGCAACCCGCGCCCCGCCCUCGGCGGCUCGCCGGCGAGCCCCUACCCUCGCCGCGGCCGCACCGGCCGCAAGCCCACCAAGACCGACCCCACCGCGGAGAGCAGGCUGUCGCUGCUGGAGACCAUCUACGUGCCGCGCGACGAGCGGUUCGGCCACCUGAAGAUGGCGGACUUCCUCGGCUACUCCAUCAAGGCGCUCGUCGACGGCAUCGUGCCGGCGAUCCGCACCUACGUCGACCUGUCCCCCGGCGAGUUCGACUCCUUCAAGGACAUCCUCAAGCUCUACGAGGGCGGCCUCAAGCUGCCCAGCAUCCCGGCGCUGGAGGAGCUCCGCAAGCGCUUCCCGCUCCAGCUCGUCAAGGACCUCCUCCCCGUCGGCGGCGACUACCUCCUCAAGCUCCCCAUGCCGCACAUCAUCAAGCAGGACAAGAAGGCGUGGAUGACCGACGAGGAGUUCGCGCGCGAGAUCCUCGCGGGCGUCAACCCGAUGGUCAUCACGCGCCUCACGGAGUUCCCGCCGAGGAGCAGCCUCGACCCGAGCAAGUACGGCGACCACACCAGCACGAUCACGGCGGCGCACGUCGAGAGGGGGCUGGAGGGGCUCACCGUGCAGCAGGCGCUCGACGGCAACCGGCUCUACGUCGUCGACCACCACGACCACUUCAUGCCGUUCCUGAUCGACAUCAACAACCUGGAGGACAACUUCAUCUACGCCACGAGGACGCUGCUGUUCCUGCGCGGCGACGGCACGCUGGCGCCGCUGGCCAUCGAGCUGAGCCUGCCCCACCUCCAGGGCGGCCUGACCACGGCCAAGAGCGCCGUGUACACGCCGGCGGCCGGCACCGGCGUGGAGUCGUGGGUGUGGCAGCUCGCCAAGGCGUACGUCAACGUGAACGACUACUGCUGGCACCAGCUGAUCAGCCACUGGCUCAACACGCACGCCGUGAUGGAGCCGUUCGUCAUCGCCACCAACCGGCAGCUCAGCGUGACGCACCCGGUGCACAAGCUGCUGCUGCCGCACUACCGCGACACCAUGACCAUCAACGCGCUGGCGAGGCAGACGCUCAUCAACGGCGGCGGCAUCUUCGAGAUGACCGUCUUCCCGCGGAAGCACGCGCUGGCCAUGUCGUCGGCGUUCUACAAGGACUGGAAUUUCGCCGAGCAGGCGCUCCCCGACGACCUGGUCAAGCGCGGCGUGGCGGUGCCGGACCCGGCGAGCCCGUACAAGGUGCGGCUGCUCAUCGAGGACUACCCGUACGCGAACGACGGGCUGGCCGUCUGGCACGCCAUCGAGCAGUGGGUCGCCGAGUACCUCGCCAUCUACUACCCCAACGACGCCGUGCUCCAGGGCGACGUCGAGCUGCAGGCGUGGUGGAAGGAGGUGCGCGAGGUCGGGCACGGCGACAUCAAGGACGCGGCGUGGUGGCCGGAGAUGAAGACGGUGGCGGAGCUGGUCAAGGUCUGCUCCACCAUCAUCUGGAUCGGGUCGGCGCUGCACGCCGCCGUCAACUUCGGGCAGUACCCGUACGCGGGCUACCUCCCGAACCGCCCGUCCGUGAGCCGGCGGCCGAUGCCGGAGCCGGGCACGAAGGAGUACGAGGAGCUGGGGCGCAACCCUGAGAAGGUGUUCGUCCGCACCAUCACCAGCCAGAUGCAGGCCAUCGUGGGCAUCUCGCUGCUGGAGAUCCUGUCGAAGCACUCCUCCGACGAGGUGUACCUCGGGCAGCGCGACACGCCGGAGUGGACGUCGGACGCCAAGGCGCUGGAGGCCUUCAAGCGGUUCGGCGCGCGGCUGACGGAGAUCGAGAGCCGCGUCGUCGCCAUGAACAAGGACCCUCGCCUCAAGAACCGCGUCGGCCCGGCCGACUUCCCCUACACGCUGCUCUACCCCAACACCUCCGACCACAAGGGCGACGCCGCCGGCCUCGCCGCCAGGGGCAUCCCCAACAGCAUCUCCAUCUGAUCUGAUCCCGUCGGCCGGACGGAUCAUUCGAUCGACGCCCGGUGAUUCCACCAAGAUUUAAUCUUUAGUUUCAUCAAGGCUUGUACUUCUACGCACGUAGUAUCUACCUCGAUGGUACUCUCUUCUCUACUCUAGCUACUUCCAA